AUGGUCCUCAGGAUUGGCGGUUGGGUGUUGACUUUCGACCAAGUUCGAACGUGGUUGGAGCUGGGCGGGCAGGACACCAAGAAUCUCGAACUCUAUGAGCUUUCCGGAGCUCUAGAGGAUUGGUUCAAGAAGCGGAAAAUUGACGACAUGCUUCCCAUUCCGACUGACUAUCCUCACGGAAGCAAGCAGCCAGUUAUCAUGCUGGUGACGAGAUACCACCCGGAUCCCGCUGCCACGGUGGCGCGCUACACGCGUUUCGUGGAACGAGACGUUGACCGCGAAGUGAAGCGGCGGGUGUUGGAGGAGACCGGGUUUAAGGAUGACGACUUGCGCUGGGUGACUGUCGCCGAUCCAUACUUCCAGUAUCCUGUGGUGUACAAGAGGCCCAGGAACUACGUCCUCUGGCCUGAGACGGGCGUGCCUCCUCAGAAAGACAGAGCCGAGAAGAUGGCGGAUGCAGACAAGAAGGGGACGGUGGAGGACAAAGAAGAUGGAGAAAAGAAAGAGGACGCGGGAGACACGGUGGACGGAGACAAGAAAGAGGAGGGUGACGAGGAGUCGGAUGUCACCCAGACGGUUUGA